AUCGUGGUGUCGGCAGGUCGCGUGGCUGUGUUCGACCCUUUGGUGUUAAUUUCCUUACAACGGCUCCGGUGCAGUGAACGUGCAGCGGCGAUCCAGCAUGAAACACCAAAUUGCUCUACUACUUUUCGCGGCCAUCAUCGGCGCCGGUGCUGCCGCUAAGUUUCCUAAUUCCUUCUCGCGAUGCAACCAGGAGGAUGGCAAGUGUCUGCUGGAGGCGAUAACGGCCACGUUCCGGAGUUUCUACAAGGGUGUACCGGAAAUCGGACUGGUGCCGCUGGAUCCGCUGCAAAUCGACAAAAUGGACAUCAUCCAGGGUGAUGGGCCCAUCAACAUCGAGCUGAACUUCAAAAAGGUGAACCUGCUCGGGUUCCAGCACGCCCAGGUCAAGAAAGCCAGCGGAUUUACUGCAAACCCAACGAAGAUGGAUAUGAACGUGCUUGUUCCGGUUGCGUCACUAGUUGGGGGCUAUAAAAUUAAUGGCAAAGUGUUGAUCCUCCCCAUCCAAGGCGAAGGUUCCAGCAACAUGACGAUGGUGAACUGUGGCAUUACGCUCAAGUGGACCGGCAAGCUGGAGGACCGGAACGGCAAGCAGUUCUACCAGAUCGACAAGUUUAAGGUGAACUUUGACACGUCGCGGUUCUACAUGGACUUUAGCAAUCUGUUCAACGGCGAUAAGGCACUGGGCGAUAACAUGAACGUGUUCCUGAACGACAACUGGCAGGACAUUCUGAAGGAACUGAAACCGGCGAUAGCAGCCGCGUUUACGAAGAUAUUUGAAGCCGUCGUCCGUAACGUUUUCAACAAAGUGCCGUACAACGAGCUGUAUCUCGCCUACCUUGAUCCGACUUCGUACAACCGAUGCAAACCAGGCGACGAACCGUGUAUAAUACAGGCGAUAACCGACACUUUUCAUAAAUUUCAAAAUGGUGUCCCGGCGCUAGCGUUAGCCCCCUUGGACCCGUUGCGCGUCGAUGAAAUGGACAUCGUACAGGGCCAAGGACCGGUCAAUAUCGUGCUUAAUUUCAAAAACGUCGAUAUAACUGGAUUCAAGGAUGUCAUCGUGAAAAAAGCAAAAGGACUGACUGCAAACCCAAACGUAAUUGAGAUGAACUUACUGCUACCGGUUGCAUCCCUCAUUGGCAGCUACAAGAUCAAAGGCAAGGUGCUGAUUUUGCCCAUCCAGGGUGAAGGCACUAGCAAUAUGACGAUGGAAAAUUGCGAUUUUAUAAUGAAAUUUAACGGCGGAUUGGAGAAAAAGGCGGAUGGCAAGAAGUACUACCAGAUGAAUAAAAUUAAAGCGACGUUCGACACCACCAGAUUCCAUAUGCAGCUAUCAAACUUGUUCAAUGGCGACAAGGCGCUGGGCGACAGUAUGAAUCAAUUCCUAAACGACAACUGGGAAGACAUCCUGAAAGAACUGAAACCCGCCAUUAUUGGCUCCUUUACGAAGAUCUUUCGAGCAAUAAUAUCCAAUGUAUUUGAAAAUGUGCCCUAUGAUGAGCUGUUUUUAAAUGAAGCAUAACUAAACUUUUGCUUAAAAUAAAUAAAUAUAAGAAACUUGUUGUGAUUACCGAAUAAGCAGAAAUAUACUGCAACAUGGAACUUUAUUUAUUAAACUGAGGAACGUGGAAAGUUUUAUUUCAUAUUAGUCUUUAUGCUAAUUUAGUUCUCAGUAAGCAACAAAGAGAUAUGGCAU